AUGAUUGUGAUUAUCAAAACAAAAGGAAACGGAAAAGGAAGAGGAGUAAGAAGAAGAAGAAGAACCAUGGUGGGGAUGGUAAUUUUGUGGUUCAUUCGAAUAAUUGGGGAAAAUGGGAAAAAUGAUGUUAAAGUUUCGAUUUUGAGUUCUGGUAAUCGGGCAACGGAAGAAUUGCCAAAGGGUAGUGAGUUGAAGGUGGAGAAGAAUGAUGCUGUUAUAAGUAAUGAUGGUGGUAGUGAUGUGGGCACCAAAAAAGUGGCAUUGGAGAAUUUGUUUGCUGAAUUCUGUUUCAAGGGUGAUCAAAUUGAUGGGAAUAGCAAAAGAACUCCCUUUAUUGUAAGGAAUAGAAGAAAUAAUUCUGGUGCUAAUGGUAAUGAAGCUGGGGUUUUGUCUAGUAUUCUGGCAAAAUCGAAGGAAGAUACAGAUAGGAUUACACCAGCGAAGAGAAAAUGGGGUGAAAAUGAGAGAAAUGAAGGAAGGAAAGAAGCUCGUUUUGUUUCAGGCUACUCCGGGAAACAUGUAGACAAGGAUUUAGAAGUGAUCAGAGUGAAGCAUUUGGAUGAUGUGGCAGAAGAUUUGCAUUCAGUAUGUGGGAUCUCGCAGAUUCGGUGUGGUAAAGAGGCUAGGCAUUCUUCUAAUGUUUGUCAAGAAUCAGAGGGAGUCAAGGAGAUUGAGAGGGAAAAUGCUCCCAUAUGGUCCAAGAAGAAAAGAAGUGGUAAAAUGGGUAGAAAGAACAGAAAAAAGGAGGCUACUGUUUCGCCUUACUUUGUGAAGUCUGCUGAGGAAACGUCAGAGGCUAAUGUUUCUGAGAUGUCAGGUGCAGUAAAUUCGGUGUAUUUGCAUGCUGGUUGUGAGGAGUUUGAUGAUAAUAAAGGGAUCGAAGAGCAGGUUUCCAAGGUUUCAUCAAGGAAGGGAAGGCAUGGAGGGAAGGGGCAGGAAAAGCAUAAAGGAAAGCAAGUUCGAGUUAUUUCUCCCUACUUUUUGAAGUCUGCGGAACAAGAAAAAAUUCAGGAAGUUGGAAAGCAUUUCAAGAAUAGAUCACGAAAAUCACUACCAAAGAGUUUGAUUUCGGAGUUGUCUGUUGAGGACUUGGAGGAAGCAAGGAUUGAAGUUCAAGAUGCUGCACCUUACACUGUAAGGUCUGUGUAUGAUGAAGAAGCAGCAAAGGAAUUGUUGCAGAAUGCAUCAGAGAAAUUGUUGCAAGAUACCGGUGUUCCUUGUAUGAUAGGAGCUAGUGAGUCAUUGCUUGUGCCUUGCACUCUUGUGGAGUCAAAAGAAACUAGGGAGGACAUUACUGGGGGUGGAUUGAGGAAGACAAGAAGUGGUGAAAAACGACCAAAGAAAGGAAAGAAAAAAGUUCGAACACUUUUGCCUUAUUUUGUGAAAUCACUGGAUAAUGAAGUAGUAGCAACGGAAAACCAUUUGAAAAUGAAAUCUCAGAAAUCAAUGAAGAAAAAUGCAACUUUGGUCAGUCCACACUUACGAAAUAAUAAGAGAAAAGUAGGUGUUGAAGUCACUAAGCUUGUAAUAGAUGCGACAGAAGUCAUAGCCCUGCCAAAAAGGACUCUUUCUGCGUCCGAGAAGCGAGAUGAGGCUUAUGAGCGUAGGACUCCAGACAACUUAUGGAAGCCACCACAGUCCCCGCAUACUCUACUUCAGGAAGACCAUGCUCAUGAUCCUUGGAGGGUAUUGAUAAUCUGUAUGCUUCUCAAUCGCACAACUGGUUUGCAGGCCAGCAGAGUGAUAAAUCAGCUUUUUGCCCUCUGUCCAGAUGCCCAGAGUGCAGCCGAGGUUGAUACACAAGACAUAGAAAAGGUGAUACAACCUUUAGGCUUACAAAAGAAAAGAGCGGUAAUGAUUCAGCGUUUCUCUCAAGAGUAUCUAGGAGAGGGCUGGACUCACGUGACGCAACUGCAUGGUAUAGGAAAAUAUGCAGCAGAUGCAUAUGCAAUAUUCUGUACAGGGAAGUGGGAUCGCGUGAUACCAUCAGACCAUAUGCUGAAUAGAUACUGGAAUUUCCUUCGCGAGGAUUAUGGAACUGUUUCAUUUAGUCGCCCUCCCGAAUUCUAG